AUGCAACAACGCCUAUUUCUUAAAAUGCUCGUGCACAUCAUUCUGCUCGUCUAUCACAUGGCGCCGAUCAGUUCACGAUGUGCGAUGAGCGGCGAAUGCGAUCGACACACGAAUCUCGCCGGCACUCCUCACGCCUACAGUGUGCCGCAAGAUCCAUUGGACUACGUGCCUGCUUUGGGCUAUGAGCAACUCUUCCGCUAUUGCCCGUACCUCGACGGCUUUUCAUCGCUGUGCUGCACACCGAAUCAAGCGUCGGAACUUCACACUCAGUUGGGCGUCGUUAAAUCGAUAAUCGGUCGCUGUCCGAGUUGUUUCUACAAUUUCGCGCGCAUCUGGUGCGAUUUUGUGUGCUCGCCGAAUCAAUCCGAUUUCAUUUCGAUGACGCACAACGUCGAUCACGUCGACGGCCGAUCGUGCGCCGACGUCGUCCGCUACAACAUCUCGCGCGAGUUCGCCGAAGCCGCGUUCGAUGCGUGCAAAGACGUGCGUCUGAGCAGCGACAAAGCCCUCGCUUUGAUGAUCGGCACCCGCAACAUCACACUCGCCAACUUCUACAGUUUCAUCGGUCGUCGAAACAUCAACUAUGGCGCCGUUCUUCAAAUCAAUUUCUCAUUAACGGACACAGAUGUAAGACGAGUCCCGAUCUCCAAUGAUGGACAGCCAAUCUUGCAAUUCCAGCCACCGCCGUAUCUCAAAUGCUUCGAGCCGGCUGGUCCCGACGAGCCGGCGUGUAGUGUUCUCGAUUGCAAAAAGAAUCUCAAUCAAUCAUUCUUCAUCACUGCCGAACUUGGCGACGUGAGAUUGCGUCUCCAGAUUCCGUUGAUGUUUGAAUUUCAGCUCGACCUCUCGUCGGUCGGCUUCAACGAUUUGUCGAUCGACUGGUUUCUCAAAGCCGGCGCGUCAAUCUUCUUCAUCUUCAUCGUACUCGUCUUCUUGAAAAUCGUGCUACGCAAAACAAGCGUCAAAAAAAGGAAGAAGAAGAAGAAGAAGAAAAAUGCGAUUGGAAUGAAUUGCGACGAGCCGGCCGUCUUCGACGGAUUUUGCAGAUUCUUCUCAUCGCUCGUAGCCCGUUUCCCGAAAAUCCUAAUGAUGAUUGGAGGCAUCAUCGCGAUCAUAGCCUGCCUCGGCAACAUCUACUUCACACGACAGCUCGAGAUCUCGGAUGCCUGGUCGACGAACACCUCGACGACGCGGCUCAAUCGUUUGGCGUUCGAGCGCCUCUUCGGAAAAUUGAUGCGAUACGAGCAGAUCAUCAUCAAAGCGUUCUCACGCGGCACCGAGGCGUUCUAUUUGAGCGGCGGUAUUUUCAAGGAUCAAAUUUAUCGAGACAUGUUCGAUUUGAUUGAGCGCAUUAAGAAUCUGAAGACGAAGGAGCACGGAGUGACUCUUGGCGAUAUCUGCUAUCGGCCAUUCGGCGUCUCGCACGAUUGCGUGAUUAUGAGCCCCACGAAUUAUUUCCAGAACAAUUUGACCAAGUAUGAGACGGCGCAGAUUCUGAAUGAGGAUGACGACAUCGACUUCUUCACCACUCUUCCGAAAUGGAAGCAUCUGGAGAAUUGCAUCUCGGAACCAUUUAUGACAAACACCAGCGUUGGCUACACAUGCUUUGGAAGUUUCGGAGGGCCGAUUGAGCCGAAAUAUGUGUUCAGCGAUAUUCCGGCGAGCGCGACGUCGCAUUACAAGUAUGCUUUGGCGAAUGUCGCGAUUAUCACAAUUCCGGUGGUCGGCAACGCCGAACACGCUGUCGAAUGGGAGGGCGCGUUCAUCGAGACGAUGCGCGCGUUCAACUCGUCGCUCGUCGACGUGAGCUUCAUGGCCGAAUCGUCGAUAGGCGACGAAUUGCGUCGCGAGGGCAUCAACGACAUACCGGUGGUUAUCAUCGCGUGCGCUUCGGUCUUGACUUGGCUGCUCGUCGCAUUGGGAUGUGGAGGAACCUCGACGAUGACCCGUCUAGACUUACGAUCGAAAUGCACUCUUGGGUUUCUCACGAUUUUCGCGAGUGUUGUCAGCGUUUGGUGCACAAUCGGCGUCUUCUCGUUCAACAACGUCCACGCCGCCGACAAUGUGAUUCUGGUGAUCUUCUUCGUUGUGACGUGCGUUGGCAUCAACAAAAUCUUUCUGACCGUUGGCAAAUUCCAAGAGCAGACGAUCAUGUCGGACGACAUCAUCAAGAAUCGGCUGAUCCACGUGAUGGCAGAAAUGAUUCCCGUGAUUCUGACGACGUCACUUAUCAGCUCGUUGUGCUUCCUUCUCGGCACCGGCGCGCCAUUCCUUCCCAUCGACAUGCCAUUGGUGGAGAACUUGGCGCGCCACAUGAGCGUCGCCAUCAUCUUCGACAUGAUCUUCUACCAUUUGGUGAUUCUUCCAAUCUUCUAUAUCGACACCAUGAGAAGUUUUAAGACCAAUGAGAGGCGCAUGACGUUGUUGAGAGACUUGACCCCUGGAAACGAUGCGACUGAGAUUGGACGAAUCGCGAGACUGGCGAGACUCAUUCGCGCGACGAUCCAUUGGAUAUUGAGGAGCCCACGAUUCCGCAGAUUCUUGUGCGGCACCUACUUCCUCAUCACCGCAGUAUCAGCAUGGCUCGCCUUUCAAGUGGAGCCCUCGUUCGAUCAAUCCUCGACAUUCUCCUCAUCCAGCUAUCUCAGCAAAUACUUCUCGUAUCUCGACCACUACGGCCCCACUGGUCCGCAAGUCUACUUUGUCGUCGACGGCCUUCUCGAUUGGUCCAAUAGAACGAUCCAGAACCGUUUGUGCACCCUUCCCGGAUGUUCGGACUACUCGAUCGGCAACAUUCUUGCUGGCUUCGGCGAUCGCAACACGUCGCCAUUAAGCGGCGACGUCACCAACUUCAUCGACAACUAUCUGCAAUUCCUCUAUCCGGACACCAGGUGUUGCCUCGUCAAUGAGACCGACGGUUCGUAUUGUAUGCCAGGAGCGAUAGAUUGCGCGACGUGUUUGAUCGCGAAGCAUCCGACGUCCGAUGAAUUCCACGCCCACUUUCACCACUUCCUCAACGUCGUCCCGUCGAAACUCUGUCCGUUUGGCGGUCUUCCCGACGCUCCAUCAAUUUCUCUUGAUGGCGACCUCAUAAAGGGCGCUUACUUCAUGACGUUCUUCAAUAAGCUCGAUCUCUCCAACACCACUUCGAUGUACCGAGCGAUGGCUUCGGCGAAUCUUGUCGCCGACAAGCUUCAGCGAAUCCUCAACGUCGACGGGGUGCGCGUGUUCGCCUACAGCAGCUUCUUCCCCUACUACGAGCAAUUCAUGACAACCGGCAGCACUCUGAUAUCGCUUCUUCUCAUCGUCUUGCUCGUUCUUCUCAUCACCGUCGCGAUUUUCCACAAGGCCGGAAUUUGCGGAUGCGUGAUUUCCGUCGUCGUCCUCUUCGGCUCAUUCGUCCACCUCAUUCUUUGGAUGCACCUAUUCGGAAUCGGACUGAACGUUCUUUCGAUCAACAACAUUGCAAUGUCGCUGGGAAUCGUCGUCGAUAUUAUCAUUCCCGUCCUUCACGCCUUCUACAAUUCGCGGAAGACGCAAAGUCUCGAUCGCGCCAUUGAAGCCGUCGAUAUCGCUGGAGCGGCAAUUCUCUCUGGAAUUAUUGCAACGGUUCUCAUUGGCACUGGCGUUCUGCUAUUCGCUGGUUUGCCGAUCUUGAAGAUGUACUAUUGUCAUCAACUUCUUGGAAUUUCCGCCGUUGGUACGAUUAAUGGCAUCAUUAUUCUUCCGGCCCUUCUCAGUGAAACGCCGAAUGUUGCGAUCGCGUUCGAGGAGUUGUCGCACUCAGGCGUCAAGCUCAUCGAUGAGAACAGCGAGUCGAGCCAGCAAUAA